AUGACUCAAACAGAGGUGAAGGAAUAUGCAGCAAAGCUAAAAGCAUCAGCACCAGGGAUGUUUCAUGCCGGUGUGCCUGUAGAUCCAGCUGGUGAGAGGGUGAUGGUACGGAUCAAUUAUAACCCGAUAACCCGUAAUUAUACUGCAGAUUACCACACCAAGGAAGUGGCUUUUGGACACCGAGAUGAGCGUGGAUAUGCUCUCCUCGAUUGCGAUGAAUUAAGUGAACCUGACCCUGACAAGCUCAUCACCUUUCCUGAUAGUACUUCUGAUAAGAAGAGGAAGAAGAAGUCGAAGACGAAGAAGUUGAAGACAAAGAAGCCGAGGAAGAAGAAGAAGAUACAGGCACCAAACCUUCAGGAGCCAAAGGACAAUCCAUCCUCCCCCACAACCACGAGGAUUGAAACAUUGGCCGACAAGAAUCUGGAUCCAUCUGCAUCUACUGCUUCAGUUCGCCAACCCUUUUCAAAAGCUUCCGAACAUGAAAAAGCUGAUAACAAGAGAAAGGGGACCAACAAGAAGUCGAAGAGGCAGGCAACAAACCUUGAUGAGGAGCCAACGGACAAUCCAUCCUCCCCCACGGCCAUGAGGAUUGAAACACUGGCUCACAAGAAUCUGGAUUCAUCUGCAUCUACUGCCCCCGAAGAUGAAAAGGCCGAUAAGAAGACGAAGAAGAAGAAGACGAAGAAGAUACAGGCACCAAACCUGAAGCGGAAGGACGAUCCAUCUGUGAGGAUCUUACCGAGUCAACCUGCGUUGAGAAUCUACAUCAAUCAAUUGCACCCGUUAACAAUUAAAUCCACCCAGUCGGGUUUUUGUUUUGGAAACUCGUUAAGAUACUUGAAUCUUGGCUUGUUUUUCUAUGCUUACUACCAGUUUUAGAACUGAAUUGCCAAAUGACCGUAUAUAAUAUAACUAGUCUGCUGGCGAGUGAUUUCAAAA